UAAACAAGGCCAGGGGUGCCCGAACAAAAAAGACGGGAGCGGCGGCGGAGGACCGGCGGCGCGGGGGAUCUGGGCGAGCGCGGGCGGCGCGCCGCACAGGCACAGGUAGCGCGGCGCGCGGGCGCAGGCAUGGCGCGGACCGCGCGUGUGCUGCUCGACGCAGGCGGGGCCGUGCGAGGCGAUCGCGUGGGCGAGAGUGCAGGAAGAGCAGAAGCGUGGCAGGUCGACGGCGACUAACCUCCCUAGGCAUGGAGCUGCCGGGGACCUAAUCAGUAAUGGCCAAGUUCAAGCCAUUGUAACUCCUCAGAAGUCAGUCGUCACUGGGACUAUGAAACUGGAACCUGUGUUCUGGCAAGAUCCAGUAAUGACAUCUAAAGGGAGUGACAAGAUACUUGACCCUGAACCUUCACUUAAUCCAGAAUCCAAGAACACAAAUGCCAGAAAAUUAUUAGUGGAAAGAAACUUGGGGAAGGCGUGCGGUGACAGUACUACGAAGCCACUGAGGAUUGGCGUGCCACUAAAACCUGGUUUUGAAAAAUUUGUGAAGGUUUCCGAUCCUUGUUUAUAUUGCAAUGGUACUGAUAUUUGUUCUAGUACCAAGAAACAAAUUAUCACUGGCUACAGCAUUGUUGUCUUUGAAGUUGCUAUGAAGAAGCUACAGGACCCUCCACACUAUGAGUAUUGUGUUUUCGACGGUUCUUAUGACGAUCUAGUAUGCAGCGUAUCUUCAGGGUACCUGGACGGAGCAGCAGGUGAUGUGACCAUAACCUCUGACCGAAUCAAUACCGUCGACUUCACAAUGCCAUACACACAGUCGGGCGUGGCUUUACUUGUGCGCCGUGACCGAUCGGAUCCAAUCCAGUGGAUAUUUGUAACCCCACUAAGCAAGGAGCUUUGGUUUGCAACCGUAGGAUUCUUCUGCUUCACUGGGUUUGUUAUCUGGAUGAUUGAGAGACCGAAAAAUCCGGAGUACCAAGGAUCAGCUAUGGGACAGUUCAGUACCGCUGCCUACUUUGCAUUCUCCACUCUGACGUUUUCUCACGGUGAAAUUGUUAGAAGCCCAUUGUCACGAUUUGUUGUGGUGAUAUGGUGUUUUCUAGUGCUGGUCCUGGUACAGAGUUACACAGCAAGUUUGUCAUCCUUGUUAACUGCAGAUAGGCUCCAGCCUUCGGUGAAGGAUCUGAACCAACUUCUGAAGGGUGGCGACUCUGUUGGAUACCAGAAGGGGUCAUUUGUGCACUCCCUCUUGAGUCAUAGAACUUUCACCUCAGAAAAGUUAAAAGCUUAUGACUCAGCAGAUGAUUAUGCUAAAGCUUUGAGGAAUGGAUCCAAGAAUGGUGGUGUGUCAGCUAUCGUUGAUGAGGUGCCCUAUCUAAAAGCUUUCCUCUCUGACUCAAGAUACAAGGACGAAUUCGAGAUUCAGGAUCAAAUAUUCAGAACCCCUGGUUUUGGUUUUGUAUUCAAUUCAUGUCAUUGUCAACUGGUGAAUAAUCUUUCCGGCGCAAUUUUGGAGAUCACUGAAGGGGAAGAGAGCUCAACAAUCGAAAAAGAAUGGCUGGGCACAAGCACAGCUGAUGAUGCAUCCCUGACCAUAACCAAGGCAGAUUAUACACCUCUCCCUCUGCGAAAUUUCUCUGGUCUCUUCCUGGUUAGUGGACUUGUUUCUUCUCUGAUGCUGCUGAUAAGCAUCGCCAAGUUGGCUUACGCCAGAUUGACCAGAGUUGAAGAUGCUGAUGCAGUACAAACCGCCAGCAGCACGAUCCCUGGCGACCAACAAUAUCGUCCACUUGGGAACACCACGGACAACAUUUCUGUCCUUAUUGAUCACCCCCAUCCUGAAGCCACAAACGGUGAUCACCAAGGUGGCCACAAGAGCAGCAGAAGUGUCGGCUGCGCAGACUGUGGUGCUAGUGCUAGUGCAGUGCAUGAUGACUCAGUGCCUGCACAAUCAUUGAAGACGAUUGAGAUGAACAUUGUCUGAGAUGUUGGAACUAUCGUACGCCGCCCCUUCCACUCCACUAACAUAGUAACAUCUGUAGCAACUAGCAACUAACCAACUACGCAUGACAGGGACGCUGUGCCUGGGCCCUGGGGAUGCAUAUUUGUAAAUUAUAUUUUAUAUACUUUGAUUCUGAGAUGUCGAUGUAUAUUUGUAAAUCAUAUUUUACUUUGAUUCUGAGAUGUCGAUGUUUUCAGU